AUGACCAUAAGAAGGUUUGCUGGUAGUAUUCCUACAUCAUUGAUAACUUUGCCAAAGCUUUUGGAGUUAAGGCUUGAGGAUAACCAUUUUUAUGGUCAGAUACCAGAUUUUCAACAGGAGUCAUUGAAUUAUUUUAAUGUAUCGGGCAAUGGAUUGGAGGGUCCAAUUCCAAAUAGCCUUAGUGGGAUGGAUUCAAGCUCCUUCUCUGUUGUAUUUAUUCUUCACAGAGUUAUCAGAAAAUGGCUGCUUCUAACAAACUCAAAGGAAAUUUAGAGCUGUGGAAAGCCUAUGGGUAAUUGUGACGAAGGC